AUGUGCACCAGAAAUAAAAAAGAACUUACAACAGAAUAUUUAAAUAGUAAAAAAAUCGAUAGGGAAAUUAGAGUUGAAUCAAGCCAAUUACAACCACUCAAAUUAUUAUUAUUAGGUAGUGGUGAAUGUGGUAAAUCAACUAUUUUCAAACAAAUCAUUUCAUUCCAAGAUGAACAAACUAGAAAGGAAUAUACUCCACCAUCAGACUAUGUCAUUAGAAAUAUAUUUUUAAAUAUCGUCACAGCCAUGAACACUUUUAUCAAGGUUGCUCCAAGUUAUGAAAUCGAAUUCUCUGAAGAAGAAAACCAAAAGAUCGAAACUAUUUUACGUGUAUUUGAUGAUUUAGAAACCUUAAGCCAAUCAACUUUUACCUCAAUUGCAGAUAAUAUUAAAUAUCUUUGGAAUACCAAACAAGUUCAAACCAUAUAUAACCACCCAAAAAGAAUAUAUCAAUUAAACGACUCUACUGAAUACUUGAUGAAUAAUAUUGAUAGAUUUUCUAAACCAUUCAAACCUUCACAAAAUGAUUAUUUAAGAGUUAGAGUAAAAACCACUGGUAUUGUGGAGGCUGAUUUUAAAAUUGAAGCUGUUCCAUUUAAAUUGGUCGAUGUUGGUGGCCAAAAGAAUCAAAGAAGAAAAUGGAUUCAUUGUUUCCAAGAUAUUUCAGCAAUUUUAUUUGUUACAUCAAUUAAUGAUUAUGACACAGUUUUAGAAGAGGAUAAUUCCACCAGUAGAUUUACAGAUUCAUUAGAACUUUUCAGAGAAAUGGUUAAUAGUGGUUGGUUCACAAAGAGUCCAUUCGUUGUCUUCUUUAAUAAAGUAGAUCUCUUUAAAGAAAAAAUUAAAAGAAUUCCACUUUCACAACACUUAAAUGAUUUUACUGGUAACAAUUAUUCAUAUGAAGAAACCUCACAAUUCAUCAAAAACAAAUUCCACGGUACUAUUACAAAUCAAAAUAAAAUUGUAUAUCACCAUUUCACUUGCGCUCUUGAUUCACACGCCAUUGAAGUCGUUUUCAAUUCAGUUCAACAUUCCCUUUUAAUGAAUGUAGCUGAAGUCUUGUAA